GAGCAUGGAAAUGCCCCAGCUGCCCUGCUGUUGAAACAGAAUCCUAUUUGGAAGGCAGACAUGUGGCCCAUCUCUGUAGCCAUCACUGAGAAAUCUGGAUUUUCAAGCAAUAAUUUUCAACAAUUAUAAAAUGAAAGUUGUAGACUAGAUAAGAGAUGCUCAGCUAAGGGAGAUCCUGGAUGGUCUUUAGAGUGAUACACCAGUCCUCUGAAAUUGCAUGCAAAAGUGGCCUUUCUCUCUGUUGCCCAGGCUGGAGUUCACUGACCCAAUCAUGGCUCACUGACUGCAGCCUCAAUCUCCAGGGGUCAAGUGAUCUUUUCAUCUCAGCCUCCUCAGUAGCUGAGACUACAGGUGACUUCCCAAGUAUGCCUGGCCACAAUACCUCCAGGAAUUCCUCUGGCGACCCUUUAGUGACAUCCCACUUAAUCAGCCUCUACUUCAUAGUGCUCAUUGGAGGGCUGGUGGGGGUCAUUUCCAUUCUGUUCCUGCUGGUGAAAAUGAACACCCGGUCAGUGACCACCAUGGCGGUCAUUAACUUGGUGGUGGUCCACAGCGUUUUUCUGCUGACAGUGCCAUUUCGCUUGACCUACCUCAUCAAGGAGACUUGGAUAUUUGGGCUGCCCUUCUGCAGAUUCGUGAGUGCCAUGCUGCACAUCCACAUGUAUCUCACAUUCCUGUUCUAUGUGGUGAUCCUGGUCACCAGGUACCUCAUCUUCUUCAAGCGCAAAGACAAAGUGGAAUUCUACAGAAAACUGCAUGCUGUGGCUGCCAGUGCUGGCCUGUGGAUGCUGGUGAUUGUCAUUGUGGUACCCCUGGUUGUCUCCCGGUAUGGAAUUCACGAGGAAUACAAUGAAAAGCACUGUUUUAAAUUUCACAAAGAGCUUGCUUACACGUAUGUGAAAGUCAUCAACUAUAUGAUAGUCAUUUUUGUCAUAGCCAUUGCUGUGAUUCUUUUGGUCUUCCAGGUCUUCAUCAUUAUGUUGAUGGUGCAGAAGCUACGCCACUCCUUACUAUCCCACCAGGAGUUCUGGGCUCAGCUGAAAAACCUAUUUUUUAUAGGGGUCAUCCUUGUUUGUUUCCUUCCCUACCAGUUCUUUAGGAUCUAUUACCUGAAUGUUGUGACGCACUCCAAUACCUGUAACAGCAAGAUUGCAUUUUAUAACGAAAUCUUCUUGAGUGUAACAGCGAUUAGCUGCUGUGAUUUGCUUCUCUUUGUCUUUGGAGGAAGCCAUUGGUUUAAGCAAAAGAUAAUUGACUUAUGGAAUUGUGUUUUGUGCCGUUAGCCACAAACUACAGUAUUCAUAUUUGCUUCCUUUAUAUUGGGAAUAAAAAUCGGUAUGGGGAGGUAAGAAUGGUAUUUCAUUACUUAAUCAAAACCAUGCCUUGAUCUACACAAAACGAAAGAACUAU